GGAUAUGAUAACACAAAAACUUCCGAGCUGGCAACAGGCUUGUAGCGAUCCUUCCAAAAUUCCUGAACGGGCAAUGUCGUUGGUGCAGCAGAUGUCUUCAGGCAAUGGAGGAACCCUCAUCUCUGAACCUGUUGCUUCCUCCAAAUCAGGACUGGUUAUAUCAGACCCCAUUCCUGGUGCUAAACCUCUACCAGUACCACCAGAACUUGCACCUUUCGUUGGUGGAGGUGGAUUAGGUCAAGGUUCUCGCAUGAUGGGCCAGGAUAUUCCAUCAGUGCCCAAUGGUGACCUGGCAAAUGCAAAUUCUGCAGACUAUCAGCAACCUGGCCAGCCUGAUGCCAAACCAAAGCCUCCUACACCGCCCCAACUUCCAAAACAACAAUCUGAUGUCUACUCAAACACCCUACCCACACGCAAAGCAAUGCCAUUGAAAGCCAGUCCUUUGUCAGCCGAGACCAGAACUUUACCCAGAUCCAGUUCCAUGGCUGCUGGGUUAGAAAAAAAUGGAAGAACCAAAGUGCAAGCUAUUUUCUCACAUCAGGCAAAAGACAAUAACACACUGCUGAGCUUCAGCGAAGGUGAUGUCAUCACGUUGUUGGUUCCUGAGGCUAAGGAUGGCUGGCAUUAUGGAGAAAAUGAAAAGACGCGGAUGAGAGGAUGGUUUCCCUUCUCUUACACUCGUGUAAUGCAGGGUGGAUUAUUGCACAAUCUGAACCAUAUAAAAAGCUGUAGCACUGGGAACCUCCUGCAGAAGGAAGAUCUCUCCAUUCCUCCACCUGACUACAAUUCAACUUUAAAAAUGACAUCUCAUCCUCUGUCCAGCUCAAGUACUUUUAAACCCAGGCCUUACAGUAUGGCAGUGCCAGGUUUCUCACAGGGCCCGAAGAUCGAUAAUUCAAGACUUUCUUUGAAUUCUGAUGCCGAGAUUGAAAGGUUUUGAAUUUAAACUUCUGCUACAUAUAAGACCUCUCUAGAUUAAGAAGCUGUUGCAAAUGUCAAAUUGAAGCCAACCAAAACAAAUGACAGAUCAGCUUCUAAAGUGAACUGACUACUGACUCUGCAAGGUUAUUACACUGUACGCUUGCUGCUGGCAACAGAUGCCAAAGAUGUCUACAUCUGAAACUGCAUGACAACAGUGUCUUUAGAUUAGAAUUGACCCAUCUGGAGAUGGUCACUAAAGUUUAGGAUAUAUCAAUUGCACAUAUUGCUACGGAAUUGCCACUUUGCAAUCCCACCCUCUUAUUCCUUACUUUAUAUUUUGAGGGAUUAUGUGGAGGGAAUUGUUUAAUUACAUUUAUCUGACUAGGGGUUUGUAUGGUGUUUGUAAUUUGUGUUUAAGAAUUAGCCGUUAGUAUUUUUUUAUUAUAUACUUUAUACUAAUCAGCAUAUAAAACAAUAUUUUAUUACCUAGCUAUUUGCGGGAAUUGGUUAAAUGUCAACGUGUUAUAGAAACUAGAGUACUGCAAAAUUGAGAAUUAUUAAGCUAGUUAUAAAAUGUACAGUGUGCUUAAUUUCUAAAUGUAUUUCAGGAGAAGGAGAGUAAAGUAGAAAUCCGAUUAUAGAAUUUAGUGUAUAUAACUGAGCUAACUUUAACCCAAAGUUACCUCAAAGUGUUAAAAUUUUAAUGCCGCUGUUUGAUUCCUUGCUGUCACCAAUAAAUCUUCCAUACCUUUUUGAAAAGAAUAAUUACUCAGGUGAUGGCAAAGGCAUUGUAUAAUCUGCAGAUACAGGAAUUUGUACUUUUUGUAGAAUUUUAGAUUUCACCUGUUUCUUUUCCACCCCAAACAAACAACACAAAAUAGCUAUCAAAGAUGAUUUCACAUUCCAAUUUUAGUAUGUGUAAAUGCUUCCUUUUGCAUUUUUCUUUAACUAUCAAUGGUGGUAAGUUAGUUGAGCAAGUAAAUAUAUAACUGAAGUCCCUAAGAAGGAAGCCAUGCCUCUGUGCUAAUGAGACUGAUAAACAGGAAGCAUAUGCUUAGGGAAACAUUCGUGCUUUUGCACAAACCUCAGGGCGCAAUGGAUCAGAAAGAAUAUAUUACGCCUUCUCUCACAUAUUUAGCAGUGUUACUUCUAAAUGGGAGAAGAAUUGGAAUUUAUUUUUGUUCUGCAAGUGGAGGAAAAUUUUGCAGGUUUCAGGUGUGGCAGUUAUGUGAUGUGAUAGUCAUUUCAAUACAGCAAUAGUUGAGUGGUGACACCUUUGUAAAUGGAACAUGUAAAGUUGUGUUGCCUAGGGAUUGUUUAGACACUGAGAUAACCAGUAUUAAUGAGCAAAACUAACACACUCAAUGGGUCACUUUCUUCUCAUGAACGUAAAGUGUUCUGUAAUCUUUUAAGAAAUUCUAUGCGAUUAGUCAGUUAUGUAAAAAUCUUGUUAAUAUAUAAUGUCCCAUUUAUCAAAUUAUAAAGAAUCAAACUAUUGUCAUCAUUAAGGGAGCAGUGGUUAACUAUUUAAAUGCUUUAUUACAAGAACCAAAUGAAAUUUGUAAUUUUCUAUGAGUAUAUUAUGAGUAAAGGCAGUGGAUUAAACAUUUAAAAGAAACUUAUUGUUUCGGUCACUUUGAUUUAUCUUGAGCUACUUGUAGAUGCUCCGAGAUAAGUAGCUGGGAAUUAGACAAUUACUGGGGCUCUUGUGUCUAUUUUAACAAAGCAAUGAAUACCAAAUUCAACCUGUGUUAAUAUUUAUAGUUAUUUCAAAAACAUGGCACUUCCAUUCUUCCUAGUCUCUUAUUCUGUGGUAUGGUGGAGAAUUAGUUACAGAAACAUAUCCACUUGCCAACUCAGUGCAUUUAAACCCUCAUGUAAAAUGGCCACCAUGUUUUUCUUCAGUUCUUUAUUAAACCCUCAUGCUUUUCCUUUUGACGUUAUUGCAGAAAUAUGGUUUACUUGGUGCCUUUCAUUUUUACAUAAGCUUCAUAAUGUAGUAAGACAUGCCAAGACUAUUGUUUAUAAUCUGUAUUGUAAUGCAGAUUUCUACAGCUGCCACUAUUCCAUAAAUCACUAUGUUUUGUGAAUUGAAUUGACCUAUUUGAAUCAUAUUACUUGUAAUCAAAAAUGAUUUUGAUAGUAACUUAUGCAAAAUAAAAU